AUGCCCAGGGCGGGGACAGGGGUAAGCCACUGGGGAAAGUCGCGAGCAGAGGAGAGCAACGAGCCGAGAAAAGCAACGAGCCGAGAAAGCCACGGAGACGAGGCACGAGCAAAGGGAAGCCACGGAGGAAAACCACGAGCGGGUCCCGUCAAGCCCCAAGGAGACGUACUGCGAAGCGACCUACACGCAGCGGCGGGGCUCAUACCCCCGCCUGCGCAUGAAGCUCAGGGCGAGGCUCGGGAACUGAGGAGAAAAGUCCUGGAAACCUCAGUCCCGGGACCUCCGCGGGACACCACGAUCUGCACAGGGUUUGCACAGGGUCUGUCCGGGUUUUUAAAGUUUAAAUCAGGUUUUACCGGAGUUUUGAAGAUGGUGACGUUGGAGACGCACCAGAGCCAGGAGCUACAGGUCCCCGCUCUGGACCAGGUCUCGGGUCUGGACCAGGUCUUGAACUCGGGGCUGGGUCUGGUCUCGGGUUUGACGCAGGUCUGGACUCGGAGCAGAACCAGGACUCGGGACCCAACGCCAUCACGGUCCUGA